AUUUGAUGGGUGUACUAUCGGAUCGCUUGAGUGGGUUAGCGGCGUUUCGGGCUGUGAUAAAGGGCCGAGCUGGACCGGACUGGGCCGAGCUGGACCGGGCUGGGUGCAGUUAGGGGUCAGUUAGCUACAGGCUAAGCUAAAGCAGCCGCCGCGGGGCGCUGGACGGGAAACGCGGAGCUUCUGAGCUCGAAUUUAGAAAGAAGACCGGAUAUUUCAGCGUUUAGAACCAGAGACGGAUGUUCCUGACAUUAGCUCUGUUCCGGAAGGGGAUUCCUGGUCGGCAGUGGAUCGGGAAGCAUCGGCGGCCGCGCCCCAUCACCUGGCAGAUGAAGCGGAACGUGCUGAAGCACCUGGAGCGUGAGGCGGAGAACGAGUUCUGGAUCAGUCGGCCGUACAUGAGCAUGGAGCAGGAGCGAGGGCACGCCGCCGCCCGGAGAGAGCACAUCUGGACGAACAUCAGAGAGGAGAGACGGGCCAAAUUCCCCCAGCACAAAUACGUCACCGAGCACCUGGACCAGCUCAACGUCACCAGAACCUGGAACAGCUAGAGCGGUUCUAGACUCGGACUGGUGUAGUCUGUAAAUCACUGACUGCUGUGGAUCUGUUCAGUAUGAACGCUGGGCUCUUUAUAAAGCGUGUAUUCAGUGUCA